AAAGUCACCUGACCAAGUGGGAAAAGCCGUUGGAGGAAGCCGGAAGUUGGUCUACCGAGGAAGAGGAGAGGAGCACAUAAACAAGACGAUCGAAAAAGACAGAAAGUUUGAACUAAUUGAUCGCCAUGGCAGGAAUUAAAGCGCUGGUCGGUUUGUCCUUCAGUGGUGCCAUCGGACUGACGUUUCUCCUCCUCGGCUGCGCGUUGGAGCAGUACGGGGUCUACUGGCCGCUGUUUGUCCUGAUUUUCUACAUAUUGAGCCCCGUCCCGACCUUCAUAUCCAGACGCCUCAGCGAUGACACUGACUCCUCCAGCAACGCGUGCAGAGAGCUGGCCUAUUUCUUAACAACAGGCAUUGUGGUAUCCUGUUUCGGACUUCCCAUUAUUCUAGCCCGCACCAGCACGAUCCAGUGGGGUGCCUGUGGCCUGGUGAUGACAGGAAACGCUGUCAUCUUCCUCACCAUCUUUGGCUUUUUUGUUGUGUUUGGUGGCGGGGACGACUUUAGCUGGGAGCAGUGGUAGGGAGCUUUCAGACCUUGGACGGACAGAAGGACGGAUGGAUGGGUAGAUGGAUAGCUGAGUGAAUAGCCAGCAGACUGAGGGGUGUAUGUGUCCUGCACCUAAUAGUGGAUGAUGCUCCUGUACAUUGUAUGCUGCAAGAAUGUCACAUUUACCGGGCUUGUUUUCAGGCCACUUUAUACAUGAAAGGGUUUUGUAAACACCAAUACGUACAUUGAUGUGCCUUACGUCUACGACCAGAAAGACACUAGUGCCUAUUCACCUUAACCGGUUUAUUUUAGCUUGUCUCACCUUUUAUUUUAACAGCUUAAAUCCCCUUGCUUAUUGCAGCUGCCCGCUAUUUCAUUACGCUUCAGUUAAUCAAUAUCCUAUUCGGAUCCUAAAAAGUGACAUGUAAUGUACACUUCAAUGCUCACUGCAUUAUCUGUCCUCAUUGUUCAAUGCAGGAUUGGCUACACUGACUUACGGUUUGCUUAUUACGAGCACUGUCUGCUGUUUGAAGUGUAAAGCCAGGGAACGUUCUCUUAAUCCACGCUACCCAGUUGUAGGGCUCCGUAUCAGGUAAAGAUAUAUUUGUACGGAAAUUAUGUGUGUGUGUGUGUGUUUAUUUGCUGUUUUCAUUUUGCUACAGAGCUGUAAAAUCUUACUUGUUGUUCUUGUGCAAUUGUUUACAAUCUCACCAAAGAUCCUUUAGAGUGCAGAAAUGUUCACUUUUGGAGUGUGGGUUUUGGUCUGGAAGCGGCGUACAGUGAAUAUCAUACAUCAAGUAUUGCUUGAAGAAGCAUCAAUAUUCAUUUUAUACUCCUGCAGAUGAAAACGAAAUUCAUACAAUUAUGCCAAUUCUUAGCAUGAUAUUCAUUUGUGAAUUGAUUUUUAAUCAUUCACAAAGUGUAGACGUUAUAGACUGUGUAUGUUUUGGGGGCAGUUGUUCUGAGGGAAUCUGCUAGCUCAUUUGUGAGUGCCUGCCAUCAAGUUUAUAAAUAGAUUUUUAGAGAAAAAAAAUGUGAUUUUGUUUGGAGUUAGACUUGGUUUCGUCAUCAGGGGCCUUUUUGAAAAUUUUAAAUGUAAAAUCAAUAAAACAUUCUCAUGUUCCAUGUGGUUGUUGCCAGUACCUGACUUUAAAUUAGGUUCUGAAGUUUGUAUGAUUUGCCCACUGAAAAUUUGAAUUGACGUCCUGUAUAAUUUCUGAUUUGCUAAUUCCUUAACUGCUUUCGGGGGAAAUAUUAUGCUGUAUGUCUCUGAACUGACAUGUAAGAAAGCUUUCUAUUGUCACUAACGAGUUCUGAAGAGCUCUUGAGUUUAUUUUAUAGCCUCUUGGUUACGUUUUGUUUUCUAACAUUGAAUAAAGCUUCCUGUAUAAUGAAACAAA